AUGAGAAGAUAUGGCUUAGACAUUGACAAAAGAAACAAUCGCGGUGAAACACCACUGAUUCUAGCAGAAAGACUUGGACACUUUUGGUGCGCUGAGCUUCUUCGGGUCAGCGGCAAAGCCAGCACUAAAGCACGUGAUGACGUCAUGUUUAAGAAUGCUGAGCAAUGGAGAUACAUCUGCACAGAACUGACGCCAUUAAAGCUUUCAUCUUCCUUUCGGUUAGAAAAAUCAACAUAAUUUUUGCUUUAUUUGUUAUUAAAUACCACAUCAUAUUUUCACCCUCCUGGUACUGCAUUUCACCCUACGAAUCCUCCUCACUAACUGUCAUACAUUUUUUUUAUGGCGCUAUUCAGGAGACUUGAAGUGAAUUUCUAGGAGGGAAUUGUCAUUACAACUUAACAAUGACUUUAUUAGGAUCUUAUCAGGAUCUCUUUAAAGAUCCUUAGAGGGAAAUAACUAUUCAAGAAAGAAAGAGAAAAGAGAGGAUUGCAUUUGUUCUUCCCUUUGAUUUCCCUCGUAUAUCUGAAGGCGGACGUCAAAAGACAUUUUUAGACCUUUUCGUAGACUAAAACUAGUUUUCAGGAAAUGAGGCAAGGAAUAUCUAUUUAGGUUAGCCUACGUAGCUGGUGGAAUUGUUCGUCCUCGCGAGUGAGGUUUUGGCGGAGAAGCUACCAUUCACAGCGAGAAGAAAACGCCGAAGGGGUGAGCGAGAUCCCCAUUCUACGCGGGGACUGGUAACUUCUCUAUAUCGCCACCUCUGUCUCGAUAAGCGCUGACGUGACGAUCCCGCCAGCUACGCAGGCUAGUGUCUAGGUUGAAAAAACGAUAAUUUAGAGCCACCAUGGUUGUUUUAAUUUUGUUCUUGCUUUUAAGCGCAAAGUUUCCGAAGGUUUCCAGACAGCUCUUAGUAAAUAAUAACAUCAAGAGACCAAAUUCAGCAAAUCAGAAAACGCAACUCUUUGGAGAAGGGAAAAAGCAAACUGCUAACGCGGGUAAGUCGAAUCAGCAUAGCUCAUCAUUAGCGAGCUUACGCAAAGACGUUUUUGAGCCACGCACGUUAACCGGAAGUAAACUUUCUUCAUUCUUGGGCAGUGGUUUUUGCCCAAAGUUUGACGCAAAUCGUCUGUAUAAGAGUAUGGACAGAUAGCCAAACAAAUUUGGUAGCGUUAGGGCAUAGUAUAAGAGGAGAACGCAUCACUUCCGGUUGACGGGCGGCGCUCAAAACAUCUUUGCUUAACUACCACAAACAGUGUCAAAAAAGGGUUUACAAACAUAGUUUUUUAGUUCCCGGCAAGUAUUUACUACUGAAAACAAUGCAUGAUCUACGCGAUAUUGUGCCUCCCUCGAGGAGAAGGGUUAGGAGAGAGGUCACGCCCUGCUCUCGCUAAUGUGGACCUGGGUUCAAGUAGGUGGCAUAAGCAAAGACAUUUUUGAGCGUAGGAUGGCAACUGGAAGUGACUCCUCUUCCCUUUUAUUAUAUUUUAGUUUAGCCUUGACGCUAACAAAUUUGUAUUACUGAGUGUCUUUACUUUUGUAGAGAGGAUUUGCCCGAAAAUUUCCACCUCCGGUUACCAUCCGUCGCUCAAACGCUCGCUAUCCGUUGGUUAUGGCCCUUGCUUCGUGAAGGUUUUCCCUCUUCCAAGAAACAACAGUUCCAAAUUCCAAUUUGAUAAGGAAUGGUGGGCAGAGUAUUGCUACCUCUUAAAGAUUUUUUCAAUUAUAGUGAUUAUGAUUUCUUUUGACCUUUCACAGAAAAAACGGUGAAACGAGAAGCUAUACCAAAACUGCUAAAACUACUCAAGGAACAACAGAAUGACACCUUCCGAGCAGCAGCUAAACCUCCGAAUGAAGGCAACGAAAAUUUCGACGAACUUCGGGACUCCUCGGAAGAUGAAAAUAGCCGAGUAAAAGGCGAACAAGUGACAAGAAUGAAACGAAGAGCUUUCUCGUUCGCUGGCUUACCUGUAUUAGCUUCCAGCACGAUAAGAAAACAGGGUGAGGGUUUUUAUAGCAACAUGACUUUUAAGCAAGGCAGUGACGCAAACAGAGUUCACAAGUCGUUGAGGAGGAGAUCAUACACAGUUGAUUUAAGCAGUGUGAUCGAAAACAUGUCACAAGCAGGUCGCGCGAUGAUGACUAAUGCGAUACACACAGUGUGUGAAGAAAGCCAAGAUGGUCUUGACAUGAGUGACGCGCGAAGUAAAUACCGCAAUGACCCGUGCUAA